AUGGCGCUGCGCGGCCCCGCGGGCGCGCCCCCGAUGACGGUGCUGAUGUCCGUGCGCGCGUCCGCGGCCCGCGCCGCGCCCCUCCCCCUCCCGCCGCUGCCCGCGCGCUCCCGGCUCCGCCUGCAGCUGAGCGCGGCCCCGGGGACCGGCGCGCGCCGCCGCUUCCGCCUCCAGCUCCGCAGAGAGGAGGACGAGGGGGGGGCGCCCAUUGCCGAGUACGACCUCAAGGACGUUGCAUACAAGGUGCAGGGUCCCCGGAGCCAUGAGCUGCUGGUGCUGGGCGCCUGGGAUGAGCCCUUGGUGCUGAGCUUCGAGGAGGAGCGUGAGGCUCAGAGGUGGUGGACGAUCGUCAGCAGCUCCCUGAGGGAGGUGCAGAAAGCCUUCGAGAGCGCAUUGGCAGCCGAGUCCCUGCCCCCCCCUCCCAGUGCCAACCCCAACCCUGGGGAUCAGGGAGCGGAGGAAGCUCUGACCACGGAGCUCCGGGAGAAAGAGGACCUGGCCCUGAACCUGGCCCAGGCCAUCGAGUUUGGUGACGAGGAGGAAGCCUCACGCUGUGCUGUGGCACUGGCCAGGCACCAGGCACUGCUCAGCAUCCUGCUCCGGGACAGCACCUACCCCCCGGAGCACAUCAGGAUGAAGGUUGGGGUGGAAGAUGCCACAUCCUCGGCCAGCAUCACACUGCUGGUGCGACCACACACGACCAUCAAGGCACUCAAGGAGCAGGUGUUCCGUGAGUACGGGUUCCACCCGCGGGUGCAGCGCUGGAUCAUUGGGCAGUGCCUGUGCCUGGAUGAGCGCUCAGUGUUCUCCUAUGGGAUCCGCCGGGAUGGGGACCCUGCGUUCCUGUACCUGCUGUCGGCACACGCGGCUGAGCUGACCCCGCAGCGCCUCGAGGAGGACAGGGCCAAGCUCCGGCUCCAUAGCCCUGGUGCUGGCACAUGGCAAGGCUGUGGGAAUGAGGCCGGUGGGAACAUGGACAUGGGGGACAUGAGCCGGUGCCUGGACUCGCUGCAGCUCCGUGACCCCCUCGGUGCCCAGGCCAAGCCUCCCUCCCCGGAGCAGGCAGGGUGGCCGUGUCCCCAGUGCACGUUCCUCAACAAGCCCACCCGCCCUGGCUGUGAGAUGUGCAGUGCACCCAGACCCGAUGACUACAUCAUCCCCCGCGAGCACCGACCCGACGAGCGCGAGCGGCGGCGCCUGCAGCGGGAGCAGGAGGGGAUGCGCCAGUACCAGCAGGCGCUGGAGGCCGAGCGGCUGCAGAACCUGGAGCAGCUGCUGCAGCUGGAGCAGGAGGUGCUGGUGCCCAACCGGGAGGCCCUGGAAUGUCUCAUCUGCUUCCAGAGGGUGUCCCCAGGACAGGGGGUGCUGCUGCGGGAGUGUCUGCACAGCUUCUGCAGGGAGUGCCUGCGCCAGGUGAUCACGUUCAGCGAGGAGCCAACCGUGGCCUGUCCCUACCGCGAUGACUCCUAUGCCUGUAGCAGCCACCUCCAGGAGCGCGAGAUCCGUGCGUUGGUGUCACCAGAGGAGUACCGGCGCUUCCUGGAGCGGAGCCUGGUGCUGGCCGAGCGCCGCAGCCACAACAGCUUCCAUUGCCGGACGCCCGAUUGCCGCGGUUGGUGUAUCUAUGAGGACUCGGUCAAUGAGUUCCGGUGCCCGGUGUGCCAGGCCCUCAACUGCCUGCUCUGCAAGGCCAUCCACGAGGGCCGGAACUGCCGCCAGUACCAGGACGAUCUGGAGGCGCGGGCACGGAACGACGCGGCGGCGCGGCAAACCAGUGCCAUGCUGCAGACGCUGGUGCAGCGCGGUGACGCCAUGCACUGCCCCACCUGCCUCAUCGUGGUGCAGAAGAAGGACGGUUGUGACUGGAUCCGCUGUGCCGUGUGCCAGACCGAGAUCUGCUGGGUCACCAAAGGACCGCGCUGGGGCCCUGCGGGACCCGGUGACACCAGCGGCGGGUGCCGGUGCAACGUCAAUGGUCAGAAGUGUCACCCCCGGUGCCAGAACUGCCAUUGAGCCGGUGUUGGCAUCACCGGGGGACACCGGAGGCCAUGGUAACAGCCACAGCCAAAGGAGAGGAUGGACAUGGACACGGCAGUGCCAUAGGGCCCAGUGUGGCAAUGGCACAUGGGGGGUCCAAUGGGGCCACCAGAACCCCCCCAUCCCAUGCCCGGAGCGACGGCGGCCGCGGCACAACCGGCACCCGUUGAGCCUCGCUCAAGCCAGGCUUUAUUGCAGCAGCCAUAGGGGGGGGACGCCCCAUAGCCCCCUACUUGGGGGGCCGAUAAACCAUCUUCCUGCUCUUCA